AUUUGGUGCAUUUUCAAGUUGGAAUGGGCGGCUCCGAGGUGGACGUGGACACGGGCGUCGUGCAUGGGCGCGUGACGGGCAUCAUCUACCCGCCGCCGGACAUCCGCGCCGUCGUCGACAAGACGGCGCAGUUCGUCGCCAAGAACGGCCGCGCCUUUGAGCGCAAGAUCGCCGGCGAAGUCAUCUCGGCCAAGUUUUCCUUCCUCAAGACAGGCGACCCGUACCAUGCGUACUACGAGCACAAGGUCGAGGACUUUGAGCGCCAGCUCAACGAGCCCGAGAAGCCCGCCGAGCCCGAGAAGCCGGUCGAAGUCGCGGCGCCGGCGCCCGUGCCCGAGCCGGAAGGCGUCGCGGUCGAAGUUGUCGAGCGCAAGCCUGUCGAGGCCGUGGUUGGCAAGGCGCUGCGCAACCUCUCCGAGUCGGACAAGAAGCGACCGCCGGCCGAAGAGCAGUUUAAGCAAAAGCACCCGACGCUCACGGCGCAGGACCAGGAGAUCAUGUACUUGACCGCGCAGUUUACGGCCGUCGGCGGCAAGGCGUUCCUCUCUGGCCUCGCGACGCGCGAGCAGCGCAACCCGCAGUUUGACUUUAUCAACCCGGUGCAUCCGCUCUUUGCAUACUUUACGUUCCUCGUCGAGAGCUACGCCAAGAUCCUCACGGCCAAGGCGCAACGCGGCAAGAAGGCCAACCCGCUACUCGAGCGACUGGACGAAGGCGUCGACCGCAUGAGCGUCCUCGAUCGCUGCGUGCACAAGCUCGAGUUUAUGCGCAUCGAGAACGAAGCCAAGCAAAAGGAAGAAGCCGAGAGCGACGCCGAGCGCCUCGCCUACAUGCAGAUCGACUGGCACGACUUUGUCAUUGUCGAAACGAUCGUCUUUGAUGACAGCGACCUCGUGACCGACGGAACGAACCCGUACUACCUCGAAGACGACCCGACGACGCAAGCCACGUCGGCGCCGUCCGCUGCCGCCGCCGAGCCCGACGACAUGGACAUGGAUAUGGACAUGGACGACGAGCAGCCGUCCGAGCUCAAGGUUGUCGAAAACUAUGUCCCCAAGGCUGCCGCAUCGUCGGGCGCGUCCGUCAACAUGAUGAGUGUCGACGGCCACGCGGUCUCGACGGCCGAUGCGAACGAGCACAUGCGCAUUCUGCUCAUGGCGCCCAAGUACCGGGAAGAGACGCAGCGCCAUUUGAACAAGCAGAAAGAGAGCCCGUUCGCGCCUGGCGCGGCCAUCGCCGACAACUUCAAGCGGUUCGCGUCCAAGCGCUCGGAUAUCUUUUCGUCGUCGGCCGAAGAAGAGGCGAAGCUCACGGCCGCGAUGGCCUCCAACGCGCCGCCGUCCCAAGACGACACCGGUGAUGCGAACGAAGAGGCCGCCAGCGGGUACUUGCCGGUGCAGACAAGGUCGCAGGCACCGAUCGCAUACCACAUCCAGCCGCCGCGCCCGGGGGGUAUGGUGCCCCCGCCGCCGACCUCGAUGCCGCCACCGCCGCCCAUGGGCAUGAUGCCGCCACCGCCACCGAUGGGCAUGCUGCCGCCGGGAGGCAUGAUGCCGCCGCCGCCUCCACCGCACCUUAUGGGCAUGGUGCCACCGCCACCGGCGAUGCAGCCGCCUCCGCCGAUCGAGGAGCCCGCUGCAAAGCGCCAGCGCGUCGAUGGUGUCAUUCUCAUGCCCGAGAACGAGUUUGCCGAAGCGUACCCGGCGCCGAUUCGCCUCCACGUGCAAGUCGCAAACGAGCCCGAAAACCCGAACGGCUGGUCCCUCCACGGCCAAGUGCUCACGCUCGAGGUCGACAUUCGCGCCAGCGUGCGCGAGCUCAAGCAGUUUGUCUUUGAGCACACCAAGAUGCCGAUUGCCAAGCAGCAGGUCAAGGCGCCGAUCGUUGGCUUCCUAAAGGACUCGCUCAGCUUUGCCCACUACAACAUGUACACGGACCUCGUCCUCGAGCUCAGCGCGCGGCAGCGUGGCGGGCGUCGCUAAAUCGUGCCAACGCAUUCUUUUUCUAUUUCUUUUUCGUUCUUUUAGUACG